AUGCUUGGCUACGAUAUCUCUUGGGCAGCUUUUAAUAUCAUUGAGGUGAUGGCUUCAACGAAAUACACAGAGAAGCGGAUAGGAGAAGCGGAUAGGGUUGGUUUACUACAAACUUUUAAGUUUUCUUCGCAAUUUGGAGUUUUCAGUUACUUAGCUGCAGCACAAUGUUUUCAUGAUACGACGGAUGUGUUAAUGUUGACGACUAAUCUGAUAAGAAAAGAUUUGAAUAGUUCAAAUAUCUAUGACUCUGGUGUUGCACUGGGUGGCUUAUCCUGUUUCGUCACUCCCGAUUUAGCGAGAGAUCUUGCUAGCGAUAUAGUUAACCUGCUGUCGUCGUCCCGACCAUACACGCGGAAGAGAGCUGUUUUAUUACUAUACAAAAUCUUCCUGAAGUAUCCGGAAGCUCUGCGACCUACCUUUCCAAGAUUGAAAGAUAAGCUUGAAGAUCCGGAUCCAGGUGUUCAAAGUGCUGCUGUGAAUGUUAUUUGUGAGCUGGCCAGAAAGAAUCCGAAGAACUAUCUGACGUUAGCUCCCGUGUUCUUCAAACUAAUGACAACAUCAAGCAACAAUUGGAUGUUGAUAAAAAUUAUCAAAUUGUUUGGAGCACUUGUGCCAUUAGAGCCUCGGCUGGGUAAAAAGCUUCUAGAGCCACUCACGAAUCUCAUAAACAGUACUUCGGCAAUGUCCCUACUUUACGAAUGCAUCAAUACUGUGAUUGCUGUUCUGAUCAGCAUAUCGGCUGGAGGCGACCAUGCCGCGAGUAUACAGCUAUGCGUGCAAAAACUUGGAGUCCUGAUCGAAGAUUCCGAUCAAAAUCUCAAGUAUUUGGGACUGCUUGCAAUGGGUAAGAUCCUGCAAACACAUCCGAAAGCUGUACAGGCCCACAAAGAUAUUGUCCUGCGAUGUCUUGACGACAAGGAUGAGAGUAUACGAUUGAGUUUGUUUAGAUCCCUCGAUUUGUUAUAUGGCAUGGUAUCCAAAAAGAACAUAAUGGAGAUUGUAAAGAAGCUUAUGGAACAUGUUGAGUCGGCUGAAGGAUCUCACUAUAGGUAG